UUCCUUUCAAAUGUCUUGUGCUGGGGAGCCCUUGGAGAUCAAGUUAAACAUACGCUGGCUUGUUUGUCUGUAAGCUUCAUUUAAUAAACUAGAGGCUGAGCCUGUUGGAUUCAUUUGGGUUUCUGCAAAGGAAGAAGAGGAGGAGGAUAUGUGUUUCUUUUAGAGGAAAAGGAACAAAGCACAAAUUGUAAGGGGGGGACAGUUUACGUUCCAAAAGUCUUGUGAAAACAAAGUGCAGAGACAGUGCUUGACCUGCUGGUGCUCUGCUUCGAGAUUUUUUUUCCAGGAAUCUGCAAGUUUGAUAUGUGUCUCUUGAAAGGCUUUGACACUCUGUAGAAGCAACUAGCAGCGUUGCACAGAAAGGAUUGGGAAUAGGAUGUUUUAUCACAAUGCGGUGGUGUGUAUGCUGUUUGAGGAGGUUUGCAGUGAACAGUGCAUUAUAAAAACCAACGCCACCAGGGAACAGGGUGCUGACUAGCUUUCAGAGACUGCAUUGAAAGGAAGAUUUGCCUUCACUGUAAGUGCCCACGGAAGGAGCAUGUUGUGGCAGUGAUGCCUUUGGAAAUGGAGAAGACUGUGAACAAGCUCAUGUAUGACUUUCAACGCAACUCCACGUCCGACGAUGACUCCGGCUGUGCCCUGGAGGAGUAUGCUUGGGUCCCCCCUGGAUUAAAACCAGAACAGGUUCACCAGUAUUACAACUGCCUUCCUGAAGACAAGGUGCCCUAUGUUAACAGCCCUGGAGAGAAAUACAGAAUCAAGCAGCUUCUCCAUCAAUUGCCUCCACAUGACAAUGAGGUUCGGUAUUGCAACUCAUUGGACGACGAAGAGAGAAGGGAGCUGAAGCUCUUUAGUAACCAGAGGAAAAGGGAGAAUCUUGGAAGAGGCAAUGUGAGACCUUUCCCUGUGACUAUGACUGGGGCAAUCUGUGAACAGUGUGGAGGCCAAAUCAAUGGAGGAGACAUUGCUGUGUUUGCAUCAAGAGCAGGCCAUGGCAUUUGCUGGCACCCACACUGUUUUGUAUGCAGCAUAUGUGAUGAACUGUUGGUGGAUCUCAUUUAUUUCUAUCAAGAUGGAAAGAUAUACUGUGGCAGGCACCAUGCUGAACGCCUCAAACCCAGAUGUACAGCCUGUGAUGAGAUCAUUUUCGCAGAUGAGUGCACAGAAGCUGAGGGAAGACAUUGGCACAUGAAACACUUCUGUUGUUUUGAAUGCGAGACUGUGCUGGGAGGCCAGAGAUACAUUAUGAAAGAAGGAAGACCGUACUGCUGUAACUGCUUCGAGUCCCUGUACGCAGAGUACUGUGACACGUGUGGGGAACACAUAGGUAUCGAUCAAGGCCAGAUGACCUAUGAUGGCCAACACUGGCACGCUACAGAAACCUGUUUUUGUUGUGCGCGAUGUAAGAAGUCUCUCCUGGGACGCCCUUUUCUCCCUAAGCAAGGUCAGAUAUUUUGCUCCAGAGCCUGCAGUGUAGGAGAAGACCCCAAUGGUUCAGAUUCUUCUGACUCUGCAUUCCAAAGUGCUAGAUCAAGGGAAUCCCGUCGCAGUGCAAAAAUUGGAAAAAACAGUGGGAAAUUGGACACCAGGCAGGCCACGUCUAUGUUAGCGGCAUCUAGCAGAUUCUCUACUGAUAUUGACCCACUUUCUUUGCAAAUGGAUUUGCUGAGCCUGUCGAGCCAAGCACCCAGUCUGAACCGGGAACCGCAAGCAUGGAAGAGCAGAGGUGAACUUUACCAGUACGGACAUAAAACCGAGCAAAUGCAAAGUCCUUUACAACUUCUCAGCCAGUGCAAUGUGCGGAGCACAUAUAACUCUGUACACAGUCCUGGAGCACAGGCAGAAACAUGGGCAAAAGACCAUGGUAGUUCCAAGAGGGCUUCGACUUCUACUCUGAAGGGCAACCAUGACAACUGGACCCAAGAGAGUAAAGAGGUCUAUUUCUCACCAAAGCUGAAGACACCACAAGGCAGUUACGGCGACGUCUCCCGUCGUGGGUUUUCAGAGAAAAGAACUGUGAGCCUUCACGGGUACGAGAGAGAGGAGACGGUUGCCCAGCAAUGUCGAACCAGGAAUCCGUUCAAUGCACUUAGCUUUACUGAGCAACUUACACCGAUGGAACAAACUCCACGGGGUUCAAUGGAAUCGCUGGCGCUAUCCAAUGCUACAGGAACGUCUGCAGAUGGAGGAGCCAAACGCCAGGAGCAUUUGUCCAGGUUUUCAAUGCCGGAUUUAAGCAAAGACUCUGGAAUGAACGUGUCGGAAAAGAGCAACAUGGGAACUCUAAACUCUUCUGUGCAGUUCAGGAGCACCGAGUCUUUGAGGAGCUUGAAUUCUGUACAGCCGUAUCAAGACAUGGCGCCCCCUGCUGACAGACUGAAGUACCCUGUGCAGUACAGGGAGUCGCCUGCACACAUAAGGAGGUCACAGGGAUUUACCUUUGAGGAGGAAAACUCUGUCAACAGAGUGAGCAGUGAGCCUAAUGCUAGACUGCAUCCCCUGAGUGAACGGACUCGCAGACGCUCACAAGGGCAGGAGGAGCACCAGCGACGUCGCCAUCACCACCGGCCCAGGAGGUCCAGGCGUUCCCGCUCAGAGAAUGCACUCAAUCUCGCUGCUGAGAGGCAGAGCCAAGUGACAGACAGGCCUCAACUGCAUUUAAGAGGGGAGUAUGAUCAAUUUGUGCUACCCAGAGGCGGCAGAGAUGCAUUAGGGUACGGUUAUGAACGAGAACCUUACGGCCGCUGUCCCAGAACCACCUCUGAUCUAACACUGCAGAACCCCAUGAGCCAUCAUCGGCUAGGACCUCAGUUCAAUGACUACGAGGAUGACGACUGGUGCUCCACCUGCUCGUCCUCCUCGGAAUCGGAAGAUGAAGGAUACUUUCUGGGGGAGCCGAUUCCUCAGCCUGUCCAGCUCCGCUAUCUCACCAGUGAUGGACUUCUUCACAGGUACGGAUCUUCAGGGCUUGGCAGCUCUUCCACAAUGGGAGGCAGAGGACAACUUCGCACCAGGAAAAGGAGGAAAAGCAAGAACUGCAUCAUUUCCUAACAAAUGCGAUGGUCUAAUUCCACUCAAGAAUGUUAGCUUGCACAGUUGCACCCCAACGGUUUGGGAAAGUCUAUUUAGUACUUUCUUUAAACAAGAAAAGAAAAACAUGAAUUGGGGUUUUAAUAUUGUAUCAGGUCUAUUGAAAGUUUUGUGAUUUGACAUACUGUAACUAUCGACAGCACAAUUACAUUUUGCAUGUUUGCCAUUGUCACUGUUUCAAAAGUAGUUUAUUAUCUUACAUAGUUACCAAGUUUAUAUUCAUUUUUUCCUUCUAACAUUUUCUUGCACUCAGUAAUUAAAAACUGCCAACAAUAGCGAUGUUAGUGACUGCCUUUGUUUUUUAUUCAGUUAGCCAAUCAGUAAAGAGAGUUUUCCAGCUUCCAACUUGUUUAAUAGCUUUUAAUUUAAUUCUUAUGAAAUGUACAUACAAAUAAAUUCACUAAGUUAAGUAAGUUUUAGUGUACAUAUUGUGUAAAUGAGGUACUACAUAUUUUUAUAUUUUGUAAUGAUAGAAGCAUUUAUGUAUUAUAAGGUAGUUAUAGAAAAAAAAAAAAAAAAUGCAUGCAUGUUAUUUGCUGGCCCUGUCUUGAAUUGAAAUUAAAACAGUAUUUCACUGAA